AUGCGAUCUGAAGCGGAUUUCGAGGAUGAGAUUGAGGCCGCAACGAGCAAGGAUGCCAACGCGCUCCGAUCCCUGCUGGCCGUGAAAUGUGGCGAGCCCAAAGCCACGGAAGAGCUCAAUUGGGUCAUGAAUCCCCUGAAUGUUGGCGAUUGGGUUUCCCUUGGGAAGAGCGGUGCAUCUCUUGUUGGCGCGGUGGUGACAGAUGUUGCAGAAGCACUGGCCGAGACAACGCCAGUGGGGAUUAUCCUCACUCUUCAAAGUGGGAUGAACAGCCACCUGGACCGGAAUGAGCUGAAGCGUCAGCUUCAGGAAGCGCGAGCAGCGAACAGCCCUGGAGCUGAAGCCCAGGCUCUGUGCUUGCUGGAGCUGAACAUGUUCAACCGCAAGGUUCUCAUCGCAAGCACCGCCAUUGGCAUUGCCGGGCUCGUGGGUGCCAUCGCGUCCUUGGGCACCGCCGCUCCGAUCAUUGUGACGGUUGGAAUGCUCCUGAAGCGCUUCGUUCAGAAGAGGCGCACCAGUCGUGAGACGAAGAAGUGUGCCGAGCUUCAGGAAGAGGCGAGCGCAGUGAGCGAAAGCGAGUUGAGGACAGAGCUGGGGGACAAGUGCGAUCCGAAUCAGGAGGAAGAAU